AUGAAUAACCGUUGUGCAGUAUUACUGGUUUAUUCACUGUUCUUUGCAAAAUCUCACUGUCUUAAAAACAAAUACAAUCAACGGUAUGAAGUGAGAACAUUACCGCCGCCACAGGAUAAUUUUUUUACGGAGGAAUUCGAGACUGAGGAGGAGCGUUUCAUUAACUUUGUAACGGUGCGUCCCGAAUACUUCGAGAUUAAUCGUGCUCGGCCAAUCAUCGAUUGGAUUACCGGUGUGAUUGGGGCACCCGUGUUCGCGAAUGACGCUCCAGGACCGUCGCAAAAUUGUACAUCAUGCAAGUGUGGAUCUCCCGCACCGAAGAAUGAACGAAUAGUUGGUGGUUCACCGGUGGAGGACGAUCAGUUUCCGUGGAUGGCCGCCAUCUACUACAAUAAUCGCUUCAGUUGUGGCGGCUCUUUGAUCACGGACCGGUACGUUCUAACAGCGGCGCACUGUACGACCAAACCGGAAAGAGCACUGUUUCGCGUGCAAUUCGGAGUACAUGAACGGACCAAACCUACCGAUGGAUCGGUGGAGCGCAGCAUCAAGCGCAUUCUAACGACCUGGUACAAUGCGUUCAAUAACAACAACGACAUCGCCCUGUUGGAACUUACCUACCCGGUUGCAAUCAGCGAUCGUGUUUCUCCCAUCUGUCUACCCCAACCUGCGGCAACGUACGAGGGCAUCCGUGGCAUAGUGACUGGUUGGGGACGGACAAAGACGGGUGGUGGACUUUCCGGUACGCUGCAGCAGACGGAGGUUCCGAUCCUCUCGAAUCGGGAGUGCCGCCGGGCAGGCUAUUGGGCGUUUCAGAUAACAAACAAAAUGAUCUGUGCUGGUUACCUCGAGGGUGGUAAGGACUCCUGCCAGGGUGACAGCGGUGGUCCUUUGCAGGUGUUGAACGACGAGACAGAUCGAUACGAAAUUGUGGGCUUGGUGUCGUGGGGCCGUGCUUGCGCCCAGAAGAACUUUCCAGGCGUCUACACGCGUGUGAAUCAGUAUCUAAAUUGGAUCAACCGUAAUAUAAAGGAUUCAUGUCUGUGCAGUUAG